CGCGACUCUCCUGAGAUUUCCGCUUUCACCUUUUUUCUCAAGAAUUGUCAAUAACAGCAUGGCCGACCGAUCUCGUAGAAAGCGAAAGUCUAGAAACACCGUUGCAAGUAAUAUACACUAUGUCGGCUACGUUGAGGACGAAGAAUCAGUUGAGGCCAUUAUGAAAAAGUUUGAAGAACUAGAUCGCAUUCAGAAAGAGUUUUCGGCUAUAUCAGUCAACUCGACUCCAAAUACAAGUUCUGAGAACAAAGAAAAUGAGGUUGAAUCAAAUGGCACACCUGCCGAAAUGGAGGAGAAGAAAUCAGAAGCUUCAUCGCAAGGAUUAACAGAGGCGCAGCUACAAGAAAUCUUCAAGCGAACUUCAGCUUUUACGAUCAGAAGCGCCAUGAUGGACUCCAAUGACAUGGACGAACUAAACGAUGUGGAAAUAUGGCAGUUACAAUACCAUGAUGGCUUGACAGACGAGAUCUAUGAAGAAGAUGACUACAUACAUUUAGACAUGGAAGACGAUGACUUUUGGGAUAUGGAGUUUGGAGGAGAUGCAAAACAGAAAAAGCGCAUGCGACGAGCGCCUGCACCUGUUCGUGAAAAAGCUCCCAGUGGAGGUAGACGUGGCAUUGAUAGAGAGAGCAUCAUUGCCAAAUAUAAGAUUAUGCAAGUGCGAGUGCAAGAUCGAAAUGGCAACUUUUUCAUGGUCAAGAAGAAAGUCAGCGCUAUUGACCCUAGUCUACCAACAUAUGUGAAAAUACCUGGAGAACCAAUACCGCGAUCGUGGGUUCACACUAUACUACACCAACAGGUACCGACAGAGGACAUUGCAUCGACCAUUGGUCAAAAGUACCUGAAGAAAAAUAUUUUGGACAUGGACUUGAAGGAGCUAGGAACUAACUUUCAAGCUGUGUAUAUGGAUCCACCACUUUUGUUACCUGGUGAAGAGCCAUGCCCAGGAAAAAUCACUAUUGAGCAAUUGGCUUCACUUGACAUCCCUUCGAUUGUUCCUAAAGGCUUCCUCUUCAUUUGGCUUGAAAAAGAGUGGCUUCCUGAUAUCGUGCGGAUAUGUGAAAAGUGGCAAUUCAAGUAUGUUGAAAACUUUUGCUGGAUUAAAAAGAACCUGAACAAUCAAAUUUCCAAGAAGCCAUACACCUACUUUAACAAGAGCAAAUUAAGCUUGCUUAUAUUUCGAAGAGAAGGAGAUGUCGAGUUGCGACAUCAACGUAACCCAGAUUGUGUGUUUGACUUCAGCAAGCCUAGAGUGCCUGGCGAGUUAACGGAAUUGAAACCACGGUUCCUGUACCAAAUCAUCGAGACUCUACUACCAUCUUCAACGUUUCACCCGGAGAACAACCCAGACGGUAACAGGCUACUGGAAUUGUGGGCAAAGCAUGGACAGAAACGUUUGGGGUGGACCACGGUGGUGGAUGAGUCAUAAAAUUGUGGUUUUGUUGGUUGAUUUAAUAAAACAUCUUGUUCAUUCUCAUAAAAGAGCAGAAUAGCACGCCUUUGCAUUCUCAUAUAUAGCAUGAAGGUUCAAAAGGGAGGUCCAGCAUUGAAAACAACAACCAGCA